GGGACCGGGACCUGGACCUGGACCUGGACCUGGACUUGGACCUGAACCUGGACCUGGACCUGGACCCAGUAACCAGCUUACUGGCAGAGAUCAGAACCAGGGAGAAAAGAUGGAGACACCUAGAGAAGUCCUAUUCAAAACUUUAAAAGAUUUGGGGGAAAAUGAGUUUAAAGACUUGAAGUGGUACCUGGAGGGGAAGGUCCUAGGAUUCCCAGGAAUCCCAAAGAGUGAACUAGAGAAAGCAGACCGAGGGGACACAGUGGAUCUGAUGCUUCGGGACUACGACAUAAACACCAUUAAAGUGACCAGAGACGUUUUGAAGAAGAUCCCGAGGAAUGAUCUAGAAGAGGAAUUAUCAAAAUUCCCAUCAGACCCUGAAGAUAUUCUCACAAAGUGCCAAGGUGAACUCAAAUCAAACCUGAAGAAAACAUAUGAAAAUAUCAAAUUUAUGGAAAAAUCUGAAUCCCUACAUAAAAUCUACACGGAGAUCUACAUCACCAGGGGAGACACCGGAGAGGUCAACAAGGAACAUGAGAUCAGACAGAUCGAACAAGCAUCCAGUAAACCAGACAGAUCAGAAACACCCAUCAGACAAGAAGACCUCUUUAAAGGCUCAACUGAAAGAGGUAAACCAAUCAGAGCAGUGAUGACAAAGGGAGUGGCUGGCAUUGGGAAAACAGUCUUAACACAGAAGUUCACUCUGGACUGGGCUGAAGGCAAAGCCAACCAGGACAUCCAGUUCAUAUUUCCAUUACCUUUCAGAGAGCUGAAUGUGGUGAGAGAGAACAAGUACAGCUUGGUGGAACUUGUUCAUCACUUCUUCUCUGAAACCAGAGACGCAGGAAUCUGCAGGUUUGAUCAGUUUGAUUCGGUUGUGUUCAUCUUUGACGGUCUGGAUGAGUGUCGACUUCCUCUGAAAUUCGACAACACUGAGAUCACUGAGAACACUGAUGUCAGAAAGUCCACCUCAGUGGAUGUGCUGCUGACAAACCUCAUCAGGGGGAAGCUGCUUCCCUCUGCUCGCCUCUGGAUAACCACACGACCUGCAGCAGCCUAUCAGAUCACUGAGUUUGUGGACAUGGUGACAGAGGUCCGAGGGUUCACUGACCCACAGAAGGAGGAGUACUUCAGGAAGAGGUUCAGAGAUCAGAAGCUGGCCGGCACCAUCAUCACCCACAUCAAGACCUCACGAAGCCUCCACAUCAUGUGCCACAUCCCAGUCUUCUGCUGGAUCUCUGCUUCAGUUCUGGAGGACAUGUUGAAAACUGAGGGAGGAGAGCUGCCCAAGACCCUGACUGAGAUGUACAUCCACUUCCUGGUGAUUCUGUCGAAAGUGAACGUCAAGUAUGAUGAAGGAGUUAAGACAGGUCUAAACUGGAGUCCAGAGAGCAGGAAGAUAAUGGAGUCUCUGGGAAAACUGGCUUUUGAGCAGCUGCAGAAAGGCAACCUGAUCUUCUGUGAGUCCAACCUGAGAGAGUGUGGCAUCGAUAUCAGAGCAGCCUCAGUGAACUCAGGAGUGUUCACACAGGUCUUUAGAGAGGAGAGAGGAACGUACAAGAACACAGUGUUCUGCUUCGUCCAUCUGAGCGUUCAGGAGUUUCUGGCUGCUCUUCAUGUCCAUCUGACCUUCAUCAACUCUGGAGACAACCUGAUGGCCCCCUGGUGGUCUAAAGUCUUCAGACGAAAACCUAAACAUCUCUACCAGAGUGCUGUGCACAAGGCCUUACAGAGUCCAAACGGACACCUGGACUUGUUCCUCCGCUUCCUCCUGGGUCUUUCACUGGAGACAAAUCAGAAACGUCUACAAGACCUGCUGACACAGACAGGAAGUAGCUCACAGACCAACCAGGAAACAGUUGAAUACAUCAAGAAAAAGAUAAGAAAGAACCCGUCUCCAGAGAAAAGCAUCAACCUGUUCCACUGUCUGAAUGAACUGAAUGAUGGUUCUCUAGUGGAGGAGAUCCAACAGUCCCUGAGUUCAGGAAGUCUCUCCACAGAUAAACUGUCUCUUGCUCAGUGGUCGGCUCUGGUCUUCAUCUUACUGUCAUCAAAAGAAGAUCUGGAAGAGUUUGACCUGCAGAAAUACUCUGCUUCAGAGGAGGCUCUUCUGAAGCUGCUGCCAGUGGUCAAAGCCUCCAGGAAAGCUCUGCUGAGUGGCUGCAACCUGUCAGAGAGAAGCUGUGAAGCUCUGUCCUCAGUCCUCAGCUCCCAGUCCUCUAGUCUGAGAGAUCUGGAACUGUCAGGCUGUCUGGUCACAGAGGAAGGCUGUGUUUCUCUGGCUUCAGCUCUGAGAUCCAACCCCUCCCAUCUGAGAGAGCUGGACCUGAGCUACAAUCAUCUAGGAGACUCAGGAGCGAAGCUGCUGUCUGCUGGACUGGAGGAUCCACUCUGGAAACUGGAGACUCUCAGUGUUUUUCCGUGCCUCGAGGCGGGGAUGGCGUCCUUCGGGGCGCCGCCGGUGUCUCUGAGACACGGAGUGCGGUUGGUGGCUCAGGCCGCAAGCACAGUGGAGCAGGUGUUGCUGGCUGUGGGGGAUCAGGUGGGUCAUGUAAACAUCUCCUAUGCUUCCCGCAUGAACAAAGCGGUCGUGGUCUUUUUGAAAGACCAGAAAUAUGUGACGGAACUUAUCGAGAGCGGAUUAAUGUUAAACGAGGAAUUUAUUCAAGUUUCACCGCUGGCGACACCGUCCACGCGGAUCACUGUGUCUGGCGUUCCUCCGUUCAUCCCGAAUGAGGCGCUGGAACGGGAGCUGAAGCGUUUCGGUAAGUUUGCCAGUAAUUUCCGCAGUGUUGCUCUGGGGUGUAAGGAUGAAAAAUUAAAACAUGUCCAAUCUCUGCGGGGACAGGUUUUCAUGUUUCUGAAUUGUCCCACUCAGACACUAGAUGUGUCCUUCCGGGUGAGGCAUGAAGAGGGUUUUUAUAUGGUUUAUGCGAGCUCAGGGAACGUAAAGUGUUUUGAGUGCGGGGAGUCGGGUCAUAAACGUGUUGCAUGUCCACAGAGACGGCACGCCGCUCCGCCGGGUGCGGCUGAGCCCGGGGCAGCCGGGCCCGGGGCCGCUGGGGAGGCCGAGCCCGGGGUCGCUGGGGCAGCCGGGGCCGCUAGGGCCGCCGAGCCCGGGGCCGAUGGGGCCGCCGAGCCCGGGGUUGCCGGGGCAGCCGGGCCCGGGGUCGCCGGAGCAGCCGAGCCUGGGGCAGCUGGGUCCGCGGAACCCGGUGUCGCGGGGGCUGCUGCUGCACCCGCCGGGGCCCCGGGGGCUGCGGAUGAAGUAGGGAUGAAUAUCGUGAGAGAGGAAAUGGGGACUGUAGAGAGUGUGGUGAGUGUGAGAGGAAAACAGGUGGAAACAGGUAAACGGGUGGGAGAUGAUGUAGCAGGGCAGGUGAAGACCGGGGCUGUGGGACAGGUGGAGGCUGUUGGCACACAGCAGGAGCUGCCGUCUGGCUCUGGGCGGCAGACAGAGCUUCAACAGGCUGCAGACAGUAAUGAGGUGACAGAGACACAGAGAUGGACACAGACGGAGAAAGCCAAGGGAGCUCUGAUCAGAGCCCGUUUUACUUCCAUGAGAGACAUUGAUGCACCAACCACCUUUUUCUUCAACCUUGAGAGGUCUGUGGGCCAAAGGAAGCAGAUGGUAUGUCUGCGUCUCCCCGAUGGACAGGUAACCUCUGAACCUGCUGAGACGAGGAGGCAUGCAGUGUCCUUCUACACAGACCUGUUCAAAGCCGAAGGUUGUGACGUAGAAGCUGCUGAUGAACUUCUUCAGGGUCUUCCACAGCUGGGUCCAGCCGAAAGUGAGACCCUGGGCUCUGACAUUACGCUGGAGGAACUGACCUCUGCGGUGACACAGAUGGCCUCCGGCAAGGGUCCGGGCAUAGACGGCUGGACCAUUGUGGAGAGCAGAGACCAGGUCUGA